CGAGACAAAGGCAGCUGGACCUUUUCAGUAUUUGGUUUUGUUUGAAUAGUCUGUCUCAUCCCUUAAUACCACGCUUAUCACAAAACAAUUCUCAGCGAAUGUACAGUUUCCAUGGGCCAAAGAGGGGGGACUCCCCCAGGCCAUGCUCGUCCCUGCUGGCCACUCACCAGGUGCCGUUUAUCCCGCGUGAGCAGGUGGAGGAUGAGCAUCACAGAUGUCCUCAGUGCCGAUGACAUCGCGGCGGCCCUGCAGGAGUGCCAAGACCCAGAUACGUUUGAGCCCCAAAAAUUCUUCCAGACAUCAGGCCUCUCCAAGAUGUCGGCCAGUCAGGUGAAGGAUGUGUUUCGGUUCAUAGACAACGACCAGAGCGGGUACCUGGAUGAAGAAGAGCUUAAGUUUUUCCUCCAGAAGUUUGAGAGUGGUGCUAGAGAACUGACUGAGACAGAAACCAAGUCCCUGAUGGCGGCUGCAGACAAUGAUGGAGACGGAAAAAUUGGGGCUGAAGGUAUGUUCACACCUGCACAGAGCAUAAAAGACUAGCGCGGGGAGCAUCAGGGGACUUGGGCCGUCAGAUCAGAUGGAUGUGGGUUAAAAGCCACCUUUCUUAACCUUGCUGAGCCUCAGUGUUCACAUCUGCAAAAUGGGACUAAAGAGAAGGUACAACUAAUGUAAGGGAAGACUCUGGCCUAAUGACCGGGGCUGUACCAGAGAAGCUGGUCCCGCUGGUCACUGUCUAUGAACCAGAAAAUAUCCUUUACUUGACUAGGGGAUUAGAGAGUCACCUGGCCAAUUAUUUGCAAGACAGUCUCACAGACCUUGAAAAUAGUGUAAGGAAUUUCUGUCCGAGGUAUCUAAGCACCUCUGAGUAAGAAGGGAAGGACUGCCAUUCUCAUGAGUGUCUCAUGCUUUAAAGGGUCUAUUGUCUAGAGUUGGAAAGACUUAGCUUUCAAGGGUUUAAAUAACAAGUAGACAAUAUUAGACAGAGGACACAUAAACCGAUUCAAACACCACUUGUGGAGCCUUCUGUGUGCAGAGCCCAGUAUCCCAAUGUUAGCAUAGUUGCCUGGCUGCAGAGCUAUGCUUGUCUGACUCUGUCGUGUUGCUCACGCGCUCGUUAGCUACUCUGUGCUCGUGCCAACACGGUAGAAAGUGUGGUCGUUAUGGUGGUAAUGACUUGACAUUAAAAACUGCUACUUUAGGUCCUUAUUUUAAAAACCUGAUCAAAACGAUGUCACUAUAACUUACCUCAUGGGAGUUGAUGUAGUUUCUAUAAAUAGCUCAGGAAAACAGUUUAGGUAGGGAAAGAUUGAUUUUUUUUAAAAACCUAGCCAUGAAAAUUUCCAAACAGGUAAAGCUUGCUAAUAAACAUGAAGUAAAUACCCAGUUUUCAAUUCCUACCUCUAGCAGCCAGACAUCAUCAUCAUUACCUUUUGGUAAUAGAAACUUUUGGGUGUAUGGUUAGGGUUCAAAGAGGAAAGUUAGCUCAAUGUCCCACCCUAUUAAAUGUUUCCUAAAAAUGCAAAAUGUAGCUACAGAAUAGAAGAAAACCUCCCAUUUCUGUCAGAAACUGACCAGACAGGAAGUUAAAAGAUCACAGGCUGUGAUCGGCGGUUGCACUGACUUCACCCACCGCGGGGAGAGGUGGCUGGGUCGACAGGUUCUAACACAAGGGGCUCGGUUGCAAAGCUAAAGAAGGUUGUUAAAUGAGACUGUGCAGGAAGAGGAAACACUUAGACUAUCUGGACCUGCAGCAGGUGACACUUUCUUCCUUUUGUGCCCUUUGAGGGGCCAUGCCUGUCACCUGGCAGUUUGCUGUUUCUUCUCCUCUUCAGAACUCUCAUGGCCCUAGCGUGUCCGUAAAGUCCGAGCCACUGACCCUUUCUUGCCUCUUCUGUCCUAGAAUUCCAGGAAAUGGUACAUUCUUAAAGACCCCAGACUAUGGAGAGAGACACAGUCAGCUGGAAGGCCUCCAAACCCCACGUCUUCCCCCUAAUUUAUUUACUAACCCCCCUGGAACGCUCCUGUGACUUGCUCGGUGUGUUAGCGAGGUAAUAGACA